AUGGAAACGACCCAGAGCUCUCAGGGAGUUGCUAUUUCCCACAAAGUCUUUAAUGAAAAAGCCAAGAGAAUUCCCUACUUCUCCUCCUCUGAUACCCAGGGUGGAAAUCUGAUGGGAAAACCUACCCCAGAGGCAAUGUUGUUGGUGCAGUUCCUGCUGCACAAGUACAACACGAGGGAGCCCAUAACGAAGCCUGACAUGCUAAAGUCUGUCAUCAAAAACGACAAGGCGCACUUCCAUGAGAUUCUCAAGAAAGCCUCUGAGCUCAUGGUGCCGGCCUUCGGCGUUGAUGUGAAGGAAGUAGAUCCAGCCAGGCACUACUAUGUCCUCAGCAAAUUGAAUCGCACCUGUGAUGCAAGGCUGAGUGGUCAGGAGAUCAUGCCCAAGACUGGCCUCCUGGUGACUAUCCUGGGUGUGAUCUUUAUGAAGAGCAACUGUGCCACUGAGGAAGAUAUCUUGGAAGUGCUUAAUGUAAUGGAGAUAGAUGCCAGAGAGAACUACUAUUUCUAUGGGGAGCCCAAGAAGCUCAUCACCCAAGAUUUCCUAAAAGAAAGAUACCUGGUGCCCUGGCAGGUACCCAACAAUGAUCCUGUGCACUAUGAAUUUCUGUGGGGUCCCAGAGCCCAUGUAGAAACGAGCAAGAUGAGAGUCCUCGAGCUAUUGGCCAAGAUCCAUGAUACUGUCCCCAGUUCCUUUCCAUCUUUGUAUGAAGAAGCUUUGCGAGAUGAAGAAGAGCGAGUCUGUGCCAGACUUGCUGCUAUGCUUCCUACUAGUACCACGGCCACUGCAGGUUGCGGGGUCAAUUCCAGCGGCUGCUUCUCCCACUCCUAG